AUGAGAUGCAAUGCAACUGAUAAAUCAUUUGUUGAAUUUGAGACUUGUCGGGUUAAAGCUGAAGCCAGAGAUCUACAAUACUUUACAGUUUAUAUAAAAUUCUUACAAUUACCUAUACAGGAUGUACAAGUCCGUUUCAGAGUUCUGAAAAGAGCAAAUGGCUAUAAACCACAUUUAUAUGAUUUUAUUUUUAAAUGUGACUUUAUAAAGCAUUUGAAUCCGAUUUCAAGCAUUCUGUGGAGAUGGUUUAAGGAUGUAUCCAAUCUUAAUCAUUCCUGUCCGAUUACUGAAGACUUUGAAAUCAAAAGAUUGGAUAAUCAAUAUUUGCAGCAAGAGUUAAGUAUUUUGCCAGUAGUAAAUGGGGACUAUGCACUAUUUGCCAGUUUGGAUUUUGCUAAUGUAACUAGAUUUAUUUUGGAAUUUUAUGCCACAAUUUAUUAG